CUCGCCAGCGACAGCCGUGGUGCUGUUAGCUCAUCAGCCCCAAGAGCACAGUAUGUAAUCCGGCAAAUGUUGCCCAAAACGUACAGUCUCUCCUUCGAUUUGACGUCUGGAAGCUUUCGAAACGUGGCGUCCACCUGCACAAGGGUCGAUCGGGCAGCUCAUCGAUUGCCUAUUUUGGUAUUCUAUACCACCUCAACCCAUUGUAAUCUUCGUUCCUAUGCUAACAUCAGCACAACGACAUUGCCUCUCGUGCCGGACAUGGCUAACAAGCAUGGCAGCUUGCCAUCGCGAGGGUGCUCCUACCAUUCUGAUUGGCUCCUUUCAUGAUCAGCACACACACUAACCUUCUCUUCCCCUUGGGGUUGAGAACCACAUGGCGUUGUGGCACCCUGCCAUGAGGCAUAAGCGUGGUGCCGUUUGGUCCCUGACAGCCAUAGCGGAGAAGUCGUUCAAGAUAGGUCGGAGGGAUUGGUCAGUCAUCAUCUGCGGCUACAACGCAGGGCGUCAGAGGCUACUGGCUAGACGAACCACUCUCGCCUCAACCAGCAUGAUGUUGCAGGCAUCAGAGCCGUCUCACGACAUCUUUUCCUGCUUGCACGGCACCUUAUCCGCACCGGGGCCGACAGUGUAUGCUGAUGCUCCGUCGUAUUGCACCGUUAGUUGCCGGUUCGUGGGGCUGGUAUCGGACAACUACAAGCUCUUGUCUUAUUGUCUUAUUGUAAAGCAAUUCUAUAUAUACCAAAUCAUCAGCCCUCUUCCCAAGAGCUCGAACCAUCGCCACUCAUCCCAUCCAACCUUAACCUUACUUCUCUAUUCUCUCUCAUACUCCUCCUCCUCCUUCUCUCUCUCUCUCUUCUCUCUUCUCUUCGAAACGACCAUCCUUCCUCGUCCCCUUUUGUCGACAUCCACAGCUACGCCACAGCCAAAAUGUCGCCUACACACAACGAGCCCAUUGCCAUCAUCGGCAACGCCUGCAGAUUCCCUGGAGACGCCACAUCUCCUUCGAAGCUGUGGGAGUUGUUGAAGGAUCCUCGUGAGGUUUCUCGCCAGAUCGACCGCUUCGAAUACGCUGGUUGGUUCAACAAGGACGGCCACUACCACGGUGCCAGCAACGUCCAAGAUUCUUACUUGCUUUCCGAGGACCCUCGCCUCUUCGAUGCUCAGUUCUUCAACAUCCCUCCUGGUGAGGCCGAGUCCAUCGACCCCCAGCAGCGAAUCCUCCUCGAGACUGUCUACGAGGCCAUUGAGUCCUCCGGUCUCGCCCUUGAGAACCUCAAGGGUUCCAACACUGCCGUCUACGUCGGUGUCAUGUGCGAUGAUUACGGAAACAUCUGCUAUGUUGACCCCGAAGCUAUCCCUACCUACGCCGCCACUGGUACUGCUCGCAGUAUCCUCUCCAACAGAGUCUCUUUCGUCUUCGACUGGAGAGGCCCUUCUAUGACCAUCGACACUGCCUGCUCCUCCAGUUUGGUCGCCCUUCACCAAGGUGUCCAGGUUUUGCGCUCUGGAAGCUCAAACGUCGCCGUUGCCGCCGGCGCCAACUUGAUCUUUAGCCCUAACAUGUUCAUCGCUGAGUCCAACCUCAACAUGUUGUCCCCCUCUGGCAAGUCCCAGAUGUGGGAUGCCAACGCUGAUGGCUAUGCCCGUGGUGAGGGUAUGGCUGCUGUCAUCAUGAAGCGUCUCUCCGACGCCAUUGCUGACGGCGAUCACAUCGAGUGCAUUAUCCGCGAGACCGGUGUUAACCAGGAUGGCCACACUCCUGGUAUCACUAUGCCUAGCCAGGAAGCGCAGACUCGUCUCAUUCACGACACCUACCGCCGCGCUGGCCUUGACCUCUCCGUUGCCAAGGACCGUCCUCAGUACUUCGAGGCCCACGGUACUGGUACUAAGGCUGGUGAUGGCGUCGAGUCCAAGGCCAUCUACAAGGCCUUCUUCGGCGACAAGGACGCUGAGACUCACUCCAACCUCUGGGUCGGUUCCAUCAAGACCGUCAUUGGUCACACUGAGGGUACCGCCGGUAUUGCUGGUGUCAUGAAGGCUUCUCUUGCCAUUCAGAACAAGACCAUUCCUCCCAACUUGCAUCUCCACAACCUCAACCCUGAGAUUGCUCCCUUCUACGGCAAGGUCCAGAUUGCCCAAAGCGCUCAGGACUGGCCUGCUCUCCCCGAGGGUGGUGUUCGUCGUGCUUCCAUCAACUCUUUCGGUUUUGGUGGAACCAACGCCCACGCCAUUAUUGAGGCUUACGAGCCCAAUGAUGCUCCUGCUCAGGCUGUUGAGCAGGCUAACUCCCUUCCUCUUCCCCUGACCUUCUCUGCCACCUCUGAGAAGACUCUUACCAACCUCAUGUCCAACUUCCUUGACUUCAUCACUGAGAACAGCGAGGUUGAUUUGAACCGUCUCGCCUGGACUCUCCACGACCGUCGCUCUACUUUCACGUACCGCAACUCCGUGGUUGGCCAGACCCGAGAGGAUCUCAUCGCCAAGCUUCAGAAGGCCGUUGAGGAUCCCCAGCACGUUCGUGGCCUGACUGCCAAGAAGAACCUCCUUGGUGUCUUCUCUGGUCAGGGUGCCCAGUGGGCUACCAUGGGUCGCGACAUUAUUGCUGCUUCCAAGUUCGCCGAGGACAUUAUUGACAAGCUUGAGCAGUCGCUCAACGAGCUUCCUGCUGAAGAUCGCCCAUCUUGGUCUCUCAAGGCCCAGAUGAUGAUCGACGCUGCUGAAUCUCGCAUUGGCGAGGGUGAGCUGUCCCAGCCCCUCUGCACUGCCGUUCAGGUUAUGCUAGUUGACAUGCUCAAGGCUGCCGGUAUUGUCUUCGACACUGUUGUUGGACACUCUUCCGGUGAAAUUGGUGCUGCUUACGCUGCGGGAUUCAUCAGCGCUCACGAUGCUAUUCGCAUUGCCUUCUACCGUGGUCGCUACGCCUACUUGGCCCGCGGCCCCGCUGGUCAGCGAGGUGGUAUGUUGGCUGCCGGUACCACUCUCGAGGAUGCUCGCGAGCUUUGCGCUCUGCCUGCAUUCGAGGGACGUGUUAGCGUCGCUGCCUACAACUCCUCCUCGUCUGUUACCCUCUCUGGUGACCUCGAUGCUAUCGAGCACGUUAAGGAUGUUCUUGAGGAUGAGAAGAAGUUCAACCGUCAGCUCAAGGUUGACACUGCUUACCACUCUCACCACAUGAUCCCUUGCUCCAAGAAGUACUACGAGGCUCUUGAUGCUUGUAAGAUCGAGAUCUUGAAGCCUUCUGGUGAGACCAAGUGGUUCUCCUCUGUCUACGAUGGCAAGGUUAUGGAGCAGUGCGACGCCCUCAAACACCAGUACUGGGUCGACAACAUGGUCAACAUUGUCCUCUUUGCUACUGCUCUUGAGUCCGACUUGAACUCUAGCGAGCCCAACCCUACCCAGGCCAUUGAAGUCGGUCCCCACGCCGCCCUCAAGGGUCCCGCUUCCAGUGUUAUCGAGGAGACCCUCAAGUCUGCUCUUCCCUACACUGGAACCCUCGCUCGUGGCCAGAACGAUGUCGACGCUGUUGCUUCCACCUUCGGUUACCUCUGGUCUCGCUUUGGUCGCAGCGCCGCUGAUCUCAAGGCUUACGCUCAGCUCUUCAACAAGGCUACUCCUACUCCUCUCCGCGAGCUUCCUAGCUACCCCUUCAACCACGACCGUGUGUUCUGGUACGAAUCUCGCAAGUCUCGUGUUAACCGUCUUCGUGAGGACCCUGCCCAUAUCCUUUUGGGUACCCGCACCGACACUGCCAACGAGCGUGAGUACCGCUGGCGCAACUACAUCCAUGCAGGUGAAAUUCCUUGGCUCCAGGGUCACAAGAUCCAGGGUCAGACUCUUUUCCCUGCUGCCGGUUUCUUGGCUAUGGCCAUUGAAGCUGCUCGCUUUGUCGGCCGCGCCGAGGCUAUCCAGGCCAUUGAGCUCCACGACUCUGCUAUCCACCGUGCUCUGGCUAUCGCUGAUGAUAAGGGCAUUGAGACUCUGUUCGCUCUGUCCAACGUCUCCAUUACCGAGACUGGCGAAGAGACCUCUGUCCUUUCCGCUACCUUCUCUUGCGAUGCCUGCCUUGGAAAGUCUGAGACUUUCGUUUCCAUCGCAAGUGGUAAGCUGGUUAUGACUUACGGCACUCCUUCUUCCACUGCCCUCGUCAAGUUCCCCGUUGACGCUGGCCACGGAAUGUUGGAUGUCGACACUGAGCUCUUCUACGCUUACCUCGCCAGCAUUGGUUACAACUACGAUGGCCUCUUCAAGGGUAUUACCUCCAUGCAGCGUACUACCAGCUUGGCCCAGGGUGAGAUCUGCACCAGCCUGCCCGAGGAAGAGAACCUUUCCAAGGACGCUUUCCUCCUCCACCCUUCUACUCUCGACGUUGCUUUCCAGGCUAUCUUCGCUGCUAUCUCCUACCCCGGUGAUAACGCUCUUUGGGCUCUUCACAUUCCCACCACCAUCCGCCGCAUCGUCCUCAAUCCCGCCAUUUGCCCCUUCAACGGUGGUAUUGACCAGAAGGUUCGCUUCUCUGCGACUUCCAACCGAUCUGAUGAUGGUUCUUUCUCUGGCUGUGUUGACAUCUUCCCUGCUGAUAGCGAGCACUCUCUGUGCCAGGUUGAAGGCCUUGAGGUCAGCCCCGUCUCUCCUCCCACUGAGAAGGAUGACCGCGGUAUGUUCGGUAAGACCACUCGCUGGUUGAGCUCUCCCGACGCUGAUGCGUUCGCUACUCCCCUGGAGCUUUCCGCCAAGCAGGAGCAGGAGAAGCAGCAGCUUGAUCGUCUCGCCGUCAACUACCUCCGCAAGAUCUUCAACUCCAGCAGUGCUGAACAGGCCCACCUUCGCCUGUGGGCUCAGAAUGUCCUCACUAGCAUUGGCUCCAAGAGCUGGGCUAAGGAGGCCAUUGAAGAUGCUGAGGACGUCUCCCUGGAGGCCAACUCUAUCUGCCAGCCUACUUUGGAUAUCCUCAAGUCUGUUGGUGACAGCAUUGACUACUCCAUUGUCUCCGAGGAUGGUACCGACAACGCCUCGCUCCUUAGCAAGUUCUACGAAUCUGCUAUUGGUGCUGCUGAGGCUCGCCAGACUCUUGCUGCUCUGACUCGCCAGAUGUCCCAGCGCUACCCUCACAUGCGCAUCAUGGAGCUUGGCACUGGCUCUGGUAGCACUACCAAGGCUGUUCUGCCUGGUCUUGGUGCUCUGUUCAACUCCUACACUUGCACAGAUGCUACUAGCGACAACUUUGAGGCCCUUACCCACGAGCAUGGUGACAACAUCUUCACCGAGACCAUUGACUUUGAGCAAGACCUUGAAGAGCAGGGCUUUACUGCCGCUAGCGUCGACCUCAUUGUUGCUGGUGCCGGUCUUCACAUGCUGAAGGAUCGCGAAGCUGGCUUGAACAAGCUCCGCUGGCUCCUCCGCCCUGGUGGUUUCCUCCUUGUCCAGCAGCUUACCAACGCUGAAUCUGUUCACGUUGGCCUCGUUGCUGGCACUCUCAUCGAAGCCGACGAUGUUAGCCAGGCCGUUCCCGCUCUUGGCGAGUACGACCAGCUUCUUCAGUCGACUGGCUUCUCUGGUAUUGACACUGUUACUCCUGAUUCUGCUAACCCUUUCAGCGUUUUCGUUUCCCAGGCUGUUGACCAGCAGAUGAACGCUAUCCGCGCUCCUCUGACUAGCAACACCAGUAUUGACCAGAUCCUCCUGAUCGGUGGUCAGCGAUUCCAGAUCUCUCGCAUGAUCGAAACUAUCAAGUCCACUCUUGCUCCUUUCUGCGACAAGAUCACUGCUAUCAAGUCUAUCGAUGACCUCGAUGGCUCUAUGCUCGCUGCCAGACCUCUUGUCCUCUCCCUCACUGAACUGGAUGAGCCCUUCUUCCAGAACCUCACUGAGCACAAGUUCAAGGCUCUGCAGACUCUCUUCUUCCGCUCCCGCUACAUCGUUUGGGCCAACCACGGUGCCAACGGUGCCAACCCUUACGCCAACGUUAUGAAGGGUGUUGUCCGCUGCUUGAUUGUUGAAAUUCCUCACUUGCACGGCCAGAUGUUCAACAUCGAGGGCCGCCUCAAGCCUGAGCAGCACGCCCAGGAGCUCGCCGAGUCUCUCCUCCGUCUUCACAUUGCUGAUGGCUGGAAGGACAAGGUCCCUGCUUACAGCCCUCUCUGGACAAGCGAGCGUGAGCUCAUGCUUGAGAACGACAAGCUCUUUGUGACUCGUUACGACCCCGAGAAGACCCUCAAUGACCACUACAACGCUCUCCGCCGCAACGUUGUUUCCAAGACUUCCACCAAGGACAACGUCAUCGCCAUCACUGCUACCAAGAACCUCCAGCAGUACCGCCUUACUCCCCACAUCAAGCCCGAGGCUGACCCUGCUGAGAGCGCCACCGUCGUUGUCAAGCACUCUGCUUCCACUGCCCUCAAGGUUGGCGACAUCGGCUGCUUCUUCCUCAGCAUUGGUACUGUUAAGGAGACUGGUGCUACCGCCCUUGUCUUCUCUGAGCACCACCAGUCCGUCGUCAUCGUCCCCAAGACUCGUCUUGUUACCGUUGAUGUCACUGAGGCCAACGAGCGUGCUCUCCUCAUGUCUGUCGCCACUCAGCUCACUGCUUCUGCCAUCCUCCAGAAGUGCAGCGCUGGUGACAAGAUUGUCCUUCACGAGCCUGCUACUGUCCUUGCCCAGCUUAUUACUGAACAGACUGCCAAGAUCGGUGCCCAGGCUGUUUUCACUACCACCGACAAGGCUACUGCUGAGGUGCAAGGCUGGAAGCAUGUUCACGCUUUCUCCGUUAGCCGUGACCUCAACCGCAUCAUCACCCCCAACACCACCCUCUUUGCCAACUUUGCUGCUACCAGCGAGGCCGGUGAUGUUGCUGACCGCCUGGUCUCUUUCUUGCCUUUCCGCGCUCGUCGCCACACUGCUGCUGAGUACUUCCCUACUCAGUCCAUUGUCUUCUCUGACACUACUGAAGAGCAGAUUGUUGGUGCUCUCAACGCUGCUAACACCAAGGCUGCUGAGGCUAAGAGCGCUGUCAACUUCGGCGCCGUUGAGCAAACCAUGAUCCACGAGCUCGCUGCCGAUAGCUCACUGGGCGCUCCUCUUACCACCAUGGACUGGACUGACUCUACUUCUUUCGAUGCCAGUGUCACCCUUGCCAUGGAAGAAGUUACUUUCCGCUCUGACCGUACCUACUUCCUCAUUGGUAUGACUGGUUCUCUCGGUCUCUCCACCGUCCAGUACAUGAUGGAGCGUGGUGCUCGUCACUUUGCUCUGUCUUCUCGUCGCCCCAACCUUGACAAGAUCUUCGUUGCUCAGGCUGAGGAGAACUUCGGUGCUGAUAUCCGCGGCUUUGCUCUCGAUAUUACCAGCCGCGCUGACCUUCACCGCGUCCACAAGGAGAUUUGCGAUAGCAUGCCUCCUAUCGCUGGUGUUGCCAACGCUGCCCUUAUCAUGCGCGAUGGUCUGUUCAUGGAGUCUACUGCUGAGACCAUGAACCAGGCUCUUGCUCCCAAGAUUGAUGGUUCCAUCUACCUUGAUGAGCUCUUCUGCAAGCCUGACCUCGACUUCUUCAUUCUCUACUCUUCCCUCGUCUACAUCACUGGUAACAUCGGUCAGACUUCUUACGCUGCCGGUAACGGUUUCAUGGUAUCUCUGUGCCAUGGCCGUCGCCAGCGCGGCCUUGUUGGCAGUGUCAUGAACUUGGGUGGUAUCAACGGUAUUGGUUACAUUACCAGAACCGACCACAACAUUCUCAGCCGUCUUGACAUUCUUGGUUACGGUAUCAUGUCCGAGCUCGACUACAAGUACUUCUUUGCCGAGUCCGUCAUGGCUGGUGGCCCUGACUCUGGCCGCGACCCUGAGGUUUCUGCCGGUCUUCGCUUCGUCAACCCCAAGACCGAGAAGUCUCCUCCCAAGUGGGUUGAGGAUCCCAAGUUCAACCACUACGUUCUCGACCGCAGCGGCCGUGACAGUGGUGAGAAGGGUGGCGACGGUGCCUUGUCCACCAAGGCCCAGCUUCUCGAAGCCGCCACUCCCAAGGACGCCUUCAACAUCAUUCUCGGUGCCCUCAUGGUCAUGCUUGCUAAGAAGCUUGAUCUUCCCCCCACUGAGAGCAUCCACUCCGAUGUUGCUAUUGUUGAGAUGGGUGUCGACUCUCUUGUCGCUGUCGACAUGAGAUCCUGGUUUAGCAACCAGUUCGACCACGACAUCCCUAUCAUCAAGAUUCUUGGUGGUGCUACUCUCGCUGACCUGGUUGAGGACACCGUUGACAACUUGUCUGCCGACAUUUGCCCCAACUUGGCCGGCGCUGCCCCCGAAGAGGCUGCUGAGCCUGCUGCCGCUGAGGCCGAGGUCCCCAACGACAACGAGUCCCCUACCUACAUUGUUGAGGAUGAAGGUGACUCUACCGACUCCGACACUCCCGAUGAUGCUACCAUCUCCACCGAUCUUGAUGAGCCCGCUGAGCCUUCCUCUUCCCAGAAGCCUCAGGUCCAGACUCAGUCAAAGGCCGUUGAGAAGGCUGUUGUCGCCGCUCAGCCGGCCGUCCCUGCUCUCAAGUUCGUCCGCACCGCCAAGAUGACCCAUGGUUGCUCUCGCUUCUGGUUCCUCCGCCAGUACCUCGAGGAGCCUAACUGCUUCAACGUUCUAGUCCAGAGCCGCCUUUCCGGCAACGUUGAUGUCACUCGUGUUCAGGAAGCCGUCCGCAAGGUCGGUCUUCGCCACGAAUCCCUCCGCACUGCCUACUACUCUGAUGACAAGGGCAAUGCCAUGAUGGGUGUCUUGUCUGACUCCCUCCUUCGCCUUGAGCUCCAGAAUGCUUCCAGCGAGGCUGAGGCCAAGGAAGCUUUCAAGAAGCUCUCCGCCCACGACUUUGACAUUGAGCGUGGUGAGGUUAUCCGCGUCCGUCUUGUCACUCUCGCCCCCAACGACCACAUCAUCAUGUUCGCUGUCCACCACAUUGCCAUGGACGGCUUCUCCUUCAACUUGAUGCUGCGCGACCUCGACAUGCUCUACCAGGGCAAGCCUGUUCCUCAGAUCCCUCUGCAGUUCACCGACUUCGCUAUCCAGCAGCGCAAGGACAUUGAGGCUGGCCGCAUGCGUAGCGAUGUAACAUUCUGGAAGAAGGCCUUUGCUUCUCUUCCUGAUCCUCUUCCCCUCUUCCCUCUUGCUGAUGUUGGCGCUCGCAACGCCCUCGUCAAGUACGAGCAUGAGGAAGUUGAGCUUGUUCUUGACAACGCUACCUCCAAGCAGAUCCGCGAGCUCUGCCGCAAGAACCGCUGCACUGCCUUCCACUUCUUCCUGGCCUCUUUCCAGGUCUUCCUCUCCCGAUGGUUGUCUGUCGAUGACUUCUGCAUUGGUAUCGCUGAUGCCAACCGCAAGGAUCUCAAGACUCUCUCCACUGUCGGUUUCCUCCUUAACCUGAUCCCUCUCCGCUUCGGUGCUCUGCCUAAGAAGGCUUCCUUCGCUACCGUUUUGGCUGCCGCCAAGCAGAACGCCUACAGCGCUCUCUCUCACUCCGCUCUUCCCUUCGAUCUCCUCCUCGAGGAGCUCAACAUGCCCCGCUCUUCUUCUCACAGCCCUCUCUUCCAGGCCUUCCUCGACUACCGCCAGCUUGCUGUCAAGACCCCUCCUCUGUUGCAGUCCAAGGCCGAGGGUGAGAGCAACUUCGGUGCCACCGCCUACGAUGUCGUCCUCGAUGUCACUGAUGUUGCCUCUGCUGAUCUGACCAUCAAGUGGCAGACUCAGAAGUCGCUCUACUCUAAGCGCCACACCGAGACCAUGAUGAACAGCUACAUGCACCUCAUCCGCCAGUUCAUCAAGGACUUCUCCGCCCCCGUCGACGGUGUCACCCUCUACCGCCCUGAGGACAUCAAGUCCGCUGUUGACCUUGGACGCGGCCCUCAGUUUGACUCUGAGUGGACCGAGACCCUCUCCCAGAAGGUCGACCAGGUCUCUGCCCAGUUCCCUCAGGACAUUGCCCUUCGUGAUGGUCUCGGCAACGAGCUUACCUACGCUGCCAUGAACCGCACCAUCGACCAGAUCUCUGAGGAGCUCGUCAACGCCAACGUCAAGGCUGGCGACAAGGUUGGAAUCUUCCAGCAGCCCGGUGCUCCUUGGAUCUGCUCUCUCCUCGCUACCUGGAGAUCUGGCGCCGUCUACGUCCCUCUCGACCCCCGCAACGGUCUCGCCCGUCUCGGCGCUACCGCUUCGGUUGUUGAGCCCGCCGCCAUCAUCUGCGACGACUCUGUUGCCAAGGAUGUCAGCGACAUCUCCUCCACCGCCCAGGUGAUCAACGUUGACCAGGUCCGCAAGGCUAACGCCACUGUCACCCGCCGCCCUAACCUCGCCACUCGCGAUGGUUCCGCCAUCAUCGUUUCCUCCUCUGGAUCCACUGGUGUCCCCAAGUGCAUUGAGGUCCGCCACAACAGCUUGCUCAACCUUUUCGAGGGUGACAGCAAGAACUGGACCCUCGGCCGCCCCAACGCUCUCCAGCAGUCCGCAUACUCCUUUGAUAUCUCCAUGGAUCAGAUCUUCACUGGUCUCGUCAACGGUGGUACCCUCUACGUUGCUUCCGAAGAGCAGCGCUCUCACCCUGAGGGCAUUGCCAACAUCAUUGCCAACAACAACAUCACCUACACCAUGGCUACCCCCUCCGAAUACUCCAACUGGAUCAACUACGCCGCUCCCACCAUGUCCAAGGGCACCAGCUGGCGCCUGGCCAACAUUGGUGGUGAAGGCUGGAACAGCACCCUCCGCGACUCCUUCGCUACCCUCAACCUCCCCAACCUCAAGAUCCAAAACUGCUACGGCCCUGCCGAGAGCUCCGUUUGGACCACCCGCCUCAACAUUGAGUACCCUGCCGAGACCACUCUGAUCCCCGCUGGUCCCGCGCUUGCCAACUACUCCCUCUACAUUCUGGAUAACCAGUCCAACGUCGUCCCUGCUGGUGUUACCGGUGAGAUUCUCAUCGGCGGUGCUGGUACCGCUGUCGGCUACUACAAGAACACUGAGCUUACCCAGGAGAAGUUCAUUCUCGACAAGAACGCCUCUCCCGCUCACGUUGCCAAGGGAUGGAACCGCGCCUACCGUACUGGUGACAAGGGUUAUCUGAUGGAUAACGGAAACCUUGUUGUCCAGGGCCGUAUUACCGGUGACACCCAGAUCAAGCUUCGUGGUUUCCGCAUUGAGCUUGAAGAUAUCGAGAACACCAUCACUCGCGCUUCCGACGGCGUUCUUACCCGCGUCGUCGCCAGUGUCCGUGGUGAAGGCCAGUCUAGCUUCCUCGCUGCCUUUGCCGAGUUUGCUGAAGGCUUCCCUGCUGAGAAGCAGCAAGCUUACCUCAACAAGCUCCUCUCCACCGUCCCUCUUCCCCAGUACAUGAAGCCCAACAUGAUGCUUCCUGUCGACCGCAUCCCCUUGAACUCUCACAACAAGGUCAACCGCCUUGUUAUCGCUACCUUCCCCGUCCACUCCGAAUCCUCUACCGAGGAGACCGAUUCCACUGAGCGCACUGCUACCGAGGAUACUGUCUGGAAGCUUUGGAAGGAGAUCUUGCCUGAGUCUGUCAUGCGCAAUGCUUCCGCCAACGCCAACAGCGACUUCUUCCAGCUCGGUGGUAACUCUCUCCUCACUGUUAGACUCCAGGCCCGCAUCCGCGACAGCUUUGGUCUCUUCAUCCCUCUUGUCCGCAUCAUCGAGUCCAGCACCCUCUCCCGCCUGGCUUCCACCCUCGAUGCCCUCAUGUCCGACACUGAGAUCGACUGGGAGGCUGAGACUGCUAUCCCCAGCGACAUGAUCAGCAUGUCCACCAAGCAUUCCAGCACUCCUACCAAGACCUCCAAUCUCACUGUUGUCCUUACCGGUGCCUCUGGCUUCAUUGGCCGUCACAUCCUCCAGCGCCUGAUUGCCGACAAGAACGUCACUCGCAUCCACUGCGUAGCCCACCGCGAUCUUCCCGCUGAGCUCCCCACCCGCCAGAAGCUCAACGCCGUUCUCAACGCCACCUCUAAGGUUACUGUCCACGGCGGUGACCUUGAGGCUCCUCUCCUCGGUCUCUCUGAGGCUGAAUUCGCCAACCUUGCCGGAGAAGCCGACUUGAUCAUCCACAGCGGUGCUAACCGCUCUUUCUGGACUGCCUACGAAUCUGUUCGUGCCGCCAACGUUCAGUCCACCAAGGAACUUGCCCGUCUCGCUGCCGUCGCCCUCCGCGAUCACAAGCGCGUUGUUCCUUUCCACUUCCUCUCUGGUUCUGAAGCCCUUGCUUCUGACCCCGAGAACGACGGAUCCAACGGUUACGUUGCUUCCAAGUGGGCCAGUGAGCGCUUCCUCGAGAAGUUCUCCAAGCACUUCGCUCUCCCCGUCCACAUGCACCGUCAGCUCCCAGUUCCCGGCGGCCGCGAGGCUGUCGACCAGGAACUCGAUGACAUCCUCCAGGAGUUUGUCGAUGUUGCCGCCAGAAUGCCUGAGCUCCCCGACUCCAACGCCUGGCGCGGUCACUACGACCUCAUCCCUGCCGACCGUCUUGCUGAAGACGUGAUCGACCAGGCCAUGGGUGGUCUCAAGACCAACGAUGACACCACCCACCAGCACUCUCACUACAGCUCCGUCCGCAUGGACAUUGCCAAGGUCCUCAAGCGUCUCGAGACCAUUCCUGAGUACACUGACAGCGACCGCCCCAGAAUCCCCGCUCACGUCUGGAUUGGCAAGGCUAAGAUUGAGGGUUUCCGCUACCAGUUCAGCACCAUGGCUAUGUCUCUCACUGACGGUGAAGGCAAGUCCAUGGCCAUGCUGACGCGAUAAAUAACCAGUCCGGUCAUUUAUGCUCGCACUUUCUCUACUUUUGUACAUUGCUUUUACGUGGAGUUUUUGCCUUUUACAUUUGGGUCUUUUCAUUUCACUCAUCUAUAUUUCUCUUACCAGAUUGGUCUUGGUCAUGUGGCGUGGCCGUUUCCUCUUUUCGGUUUUUUUCCUUGGCUCUUUCAUGUUAUAGACGCUUACAUGCUCUGAUGCGCUUUGCAUUGCGAUGAUUUUUCUGAUUUUGAUUUGGACUUGAGCAUAAAUUGCUCAAAAAGCUUCUUCUUUCCUUUGUCUCCCAUAGAAUAUUAGGUAUCAAAUAAGUGGCAUAUUUUGAUUCCAAUCUUUUUGUUCUCUUUCGCUCGUGUCUGUGAUUGUUCUUUGCAAAUGAACUGUACUGUACUUGUUUCUUGUUUCUUUUGCUUGUCUCAAGAUUCAAUGAAAACUUUUUCAUUGCAAGCAAAUUGUAAAUUUGCCUUGCAAGUAAAAAUGUCGAAUCGACAAAGACUCUUUGGUGUAGGAGGUGUUUGUGUAAGAGUUAGACCGGGGCUGUCUAUGGUAAAUCGAGAAACGGUGAGAUUGUAUCCUGAAUGUGUUAAUAUGUGGCUGUUAAUUGGCGAUUGUUAGUAAACUUUCUCCCUAUAUUUCCUAUAAGUAUAGAAGAGCUGGUGGUAGGGUGAAGUUGUAUGACUUAUAAACGGUGUAAGAGAGCAGUGGAAUGCUAUCACCGAGCAUAGUCUACCAACGAUGGGGAGAAGAAAACGGUAUUGUAAUGAAAAGUGUAAAGAAAGAGGAGAGAAGAUACCGUGACAUUAUAUAUCUGGCACAAAGUUCCACCCAUGAAAAGUUUUUCUUUGUUUUUGUUUGCAAAUUUUCGCUGCUGCCUCCGCGGCACGGCCGAGCGCGGGAUUCAGGAUCGGGAUUACGGUGUUUCCGG